AUUUUCCCAUCCUACAUCACAUUUCCCUCUUUUGGCACUUCCUCCCUCAGGAAAAUAUUACUCUCCCUUCCUUUUCCCACUCACAGACACACAUACAGAUAGGAGAGAGAAACCUUGAAACGAAUCAACAAUGGCGUCCUCUACGAGAGUAGAUCUCGACGGAAAUCCAAUUAAGGCGAUGACAAUUUGCAUGAUUGGUGCUGGAGGUUUCAUUGGCUCUCACCUCUGCGAGAAGCUCUUGUCUGAAACAUCUCACAAGAUUCUUGCUGUUGAUGUUUACAAUGACAAGAUCAAGCACCUUCUUGAACCUGCUACUAUGGAUUGGGCUGAUCGCAUUCAGUUUCAUCGUAUUAACAUCAAGCAUGAUUCUCGUCUCGAAGGCCUCAUUAAGAUGGCGGAUCUGACCAUAAAUUUGGCAGCGAUCUGUACUCCUGCUGACUACAACACACGUCCACUUGACACUAUCUACAGCAAUUUCAUCGAUGCAUUGCCAGUGGUCAAGUACUGCUCUGAGAAUAGCAAGCGUCUCAUUCACUUCUCUACCUGUGAAGUGUAUGGAAAAACAAUUGGUUGCUUCCUUCCCAAGGAUAGCCCUUUGCGCCAGGAUCCUUCAUACUAUGUUCUCAAAGAAGAUGAAUCGCCCUGCAUUUUUGGCCCCAUUGACAAACAGAGGUGGUCUUAUGCUUGUGCAAAACAAUUGAUUGAGAGGCUCGUCUACGCGGAGGGUGCUGAAAAUGGCCUCGAGUUCACAAUUGUGAGACCUUUCAACUGGAUUGGCCCCAGGAUGGAUUUCAUUCCCGGGAUUGAUGGUCCAAGUGAAGGUGUUCCAAGGGUUUUAGCUUGCUUCAGCAACAACCUUUUGCGUCGCGAACCACUUAAGCUUGUGGAUGGUGGUGAAUCCCAGAGAACUUUCAUUUAUAUCAAGGACGCUAUUGAGGCCGUACUCUUGAUGAUUGAAAAUCCUGGCAGAGCAAAUGGUCACAUCUUCAAUGUUGGCAACCCUAACAAUGAAGUUACUGUUCGACAACUUGCAGAAAUGAUGAGCAAGGUCUACUCGAAGGUGAGUGGAGAAUCAGAAUUGGAAUCACCAACUGUGGAUGUUAGCUCCAAGGAGUUUUAUGGUGAAGGAUACGAUGACAGUGACAAGAGAAUUCCAGACAUGACCAUUAUCAACAAACAGCUUGGGUGGGACCCCAAGACAUCUCUGUGGGACUUGCUGGAAUCAACCCUCACGUACCAGCAUAGAACAUAUGCAGAGGCGAUCAAGCAGGCCAUAUCGAAACCAGUUGCCAGCUGAAGAGAGAAGAGAAAACGAAUGGCAGCAGUGUUUGCCUGAGUAUAAGUCCACAUACUCACCGGCGUCACACUUUGUUUAGUUGUCUUCAAAUUCUUUUAGAACUCUGAAAUAUGUCUAAAAUGGUUUGUUCACCUAUAUCUUAAUUUCCCCCCCUUUUAUGUGCUGUUCCUAUGUGGGUAGUUUGUGUGUUUUGUUAUACUCCGUAGUUCGGAAGUUGUAAUCUGGGAGGGUACUGUUAAUUAGGUGCACUAUAAGUCAUGCUGUAAUGUACGAAGUACUUGAUAGGGUUAUGGACUCUUGGCAUUAGUGCUGAUCAUAUGUGGAGAAGUUGCUGAAUUCUUAUUAGUCUGUAAGAGCAGGGUCGUGUUUGUCUGCACAAUUAGCUUAUCUGUUUAUCGCUCGGGAAAAGAAAAAAAGAAGUUAAGUUCAAUGCUGUAUCUUUGGAUAACGUCAAGUAUUAUGUUCCUUUCAAAUAAAAUAAAGUAUGAUGUUCCUUUCAA